GCGAUAUUUCCAGAUAACAAAUAACAAUGGAAAGUGUUAACUGAUCUCUAAAACUGCCACAGCUGAGGCCUGUGGAGUUUUUGAGUCAGAUGUCUCCGAUUAUUUAUUUAUUCUGUAUUAUAAAGCCUACAUGCAAAUUGGAAAUUUUGAGGCUUGCACUGAUGAAAGGCUCUAUGGCAGUCCCAGUCCUUCUCAUGCAGAGUGAUGUAGUGUGGCACGAACCCUUGCAAUCUGCUUGAAGACGUCUGAGCUCACGUCUUCUUUCCCUCAGAAGUACGACAGUGAUUUUUCUGAGCACAUAAGCUAAAGAUCCGAGGGUCCUUUUCAAAGCAUGGCACCCAAUGGCAGUCCCCCUUUUACAGCCCCUUUUCAGGCCUUCUGGAAAACUUCCAAUGGAAGGCUCCCACCUCCUUAAUCAUGCCAGAGCGCUGCCUCUCCUCUCAGUGCCACUCAUUCAAGUGUGCUGACCUGGCCUGACCUCGUGGAGAUGGAGACCUAAUGAGCCCACGGCCCAAGGUGCUGCGGGAGCUCUCUGCAGGCUUUGCACAUAAGCAAGCGUUGUGGUUUUUCGUACGCACGUGUUUUAAAUUUAUCACGUCAAUAAACAAGUGUAUGGCACGCUCAGACAGGGCCUUUACAAUGGUGCAGUGAGGAUAAAUUGCAGCGCUACAAAUUGCGGUGUCACGUUAUAAAUAUAGAAGGAGACAACGUGGGAUAUUUAUGGCCUCGGCACAAUGGAGUCCCCUGUUGGUUUUUGGGUUUAGCGUUUGGGUUGCUGUUAGUUUUUCUUCGUGUUGCUUUUAAUUUAAAUAAUGAGCUAUUGCUAAGAGUUGGAAUCUGAAUGGCUCACAAACUUUGGAUGCAUCUUCCAGAACAGCAGUCGCACUAAUGGGACAGGGAAAGCAAGAUGAAAACAUAAGGCUUCUGACUUGAAGGAGAGAUGCAUCAGUAGAGUUCCAUAGCAGAGGGCGUUUAAGUUGAAGGAAAAGCAGCGAGACUUUCCAUUUCCUGGCAAGCUUUGGGUUUGCUUUCUUUUGAGUCCCACAUUCUGGGGAAGAUUGGUUUCUGUUGUGCUGUGUUGUGUUCGUUUUAUGAUUGCUUUUAUAAUUAUGGUAAAACUAACUUCAAUGGAGAAUGUGCUCCCAAACGCAUACAUUUAAUGAACCAACUGAGACUUGAGGUUUUCACAUUAAAAACCAGUCAAGGACAGACUGUGGUACGCAGUGCUAAUCACGGAUCUGAGUGCAUCUGCAACAAGAGAUGUCUGAGCAAACUGCAGGACGCGUGCUGGGAACUCCCAACAGGAGCUCACGAGUCCCAUUUCGGUUGGACCAAAUGAUGGCAGCAGAUGAAGAGGAAGAUCUUACUCCAGAGGAAAGGAGGAAAUUGGAAAGAAAAUUGAAAAAGGAGCGCAAGAAAGAAGAAAAAAAGCUCAUGAGGGAAGCUGGAAUCUCUACUAAGAAAGCAGAACCCAAGAAGCUGUCAGGAUCUGAACUGGCUCUGGCCUAUUUAACCAGCUGGUCUGAAAACCCAAAGGAGUGGAAGUUUCAAAAGACGAGGCAGACCUGGCUGCUCUCACACAUGUAUGAGAAGGAGAAGGUUCCAGAUGAGCAUUUCACCAUUUUACUGGACUAUCUGCAGGGCCUUAAGGGCAGCGCACGAGACACAACUGUGCAGAAAGCUGAAGCUCUGAUGCAGGAGUUGGAUGGAUCGGAUGCAGAAGACCCAACCAUGAUGGAGAAGUGCGAGCGCAUACGCCAAGUUCUGCAGCUGCUCUCUUGAGAGCGGUUCUGUGUCUCGGUGCUUUUCUGAUGGAAAGAAGCAUUGAACAUCACGUGCAAUACUUCAAAUUCGUUGUGAAGACAUAUUUUGAUAAUGAAUCUGAAUACUGCAUUUUCUGAGUUUGUACUCGUGUUUUCAGCUACAAAUAUUUAUCAUGUUUUGAGGUGAUGAAGUCAAAACUGAGCACCAUAUAUGAUCCAUAGACAUGCUGCAUUGAUUAAAAGCAAUCUCACUGCUCAUCUUUGGAAAAAUACACCUCUCUUGUUAGUUUUUCUCCAACUCUCUGUCUAAUUACUGUUCAGUAAGAGGAGCUUUGCAGUUCUUAACAAGAAGAGCAGAGCAGCCAACAGAAAGCCUGGAGGCUCCUUUACAAUGGCAGCUUGUAGCAUUAGCAUACAGUGCAGUGUUUGCUCAGCCAGCUGCAGUCUGUCACUUUCAGCUUCAGAAGUGUGUCAUUUGGAUUUGGGAAAGAUCAUUUUCAGUCUGUUGAGCACGGGUUGUAUAACACAGUUCCUUAUUAGUACUUCACGCAGUAAUCAGGAGAUACCAUCAGCUUUGUUAGUUUUCCUUGUCUAUUUCAAAGGUUUUCAGUGCUUUGCAGCAAUUGUUUAGAUACUCAGAUAAUGCACAGAUAGAACAGCUCAGAUCUUCUGACCAUGCGUAGUGAAAUCAUCUGAUUGUGCCCAAACUCACCCCGUGAUGAGAAGUGCUGCACAGCAACACUUUGAGUGCCGCCUGCCAAUGUUGUUUUCAUUUUUCUCUGUAAUUGGUGUCCAGAAGAGUAAAUUUGCGUUCAUUUGCGUUGACAUGGGGCAUUUAUCUCCUAUGAAUGUGCUAAAAGUGAGGCUUUCGAGUGAGAACCAAAGACAUCAAUCAUUCAAAUGUUGCAGUAUUGGCUUAUGAUUUAAUAACACUUACAUUCAAUGCUGUGUUCUUGACCUGAUUCUUUAAUCUUCCUGCAGAUAUUGUUCAUGCUGUAUUACCAACAACUUUAUCGAAUGUGUAUUUUAGAAGAGUGGCUGUCUUUGGGAAUUACUGCUUUAAUGUGGAUGGAUGGAGGAGGGGAGAAUCUAUGGAUAUGCUGGCCUAAUUUUUCAGUAAGAAGCAUUUGAGUGGAUUUGACAGCCUUCACAGUCACAGGUUAUUACAAGCUUUCAGAAGUAUGAAAUGUAUUCCUAGUAACAAAUAACCUAAGAUCUGUGCUUCUUGAAGGUGAGGUUUCCAACCAAAGAAGACCUGCUGUUGGCCCAAGCAGAAACCAAUGCUUUUUUCUCUCCAUCAGAAGAGAAGAUGAAUUCUAAGGGGUGAAGUUUUCUAAGUGUCUUGUUGGGAUUUUAUAAUUGCGUUUUAGGUGUCAGAGAAGAGCUGUUCUCGCUUCUGCUUCCUGCUCAUCUUAGGAUUUUAAUCUAGAAAUUUACAUUGCUUGAUGAUUAUAUUUAUCGGGAUUUCCUCCAUGUAUUUUUUUACAUGAUGGGGUGGGUAAUUGCAGCUAUGGGUUUCCUGCAGCUGCUCAGAGCUGUGCAGGCAGACACAACCCAUCACUUCGUUCACUUUGUUCCAUCCUUUGGUCACGUAGAGUUUGCAGAUGUUAAUGUUGUUUGUAGCCUAGACUAUCUUAUGGCUGCAGACAGGGCAGAAUCGUGUCUGGGUUUCCAUGCCAUGGCUGCUGUGUUAAUAAAAAUUGAGUCCCAGCCGGGAGGUAACAGUGUGCAUGGACAGUCUGACUAAUUGUGUCUUCAUCUCUGAUCGUCUUCUUGGGCUAAUCUGCUUUGUGGAGCUCCAGCUGUAAGGAUCCUGUCUGAAGAGAGUGCUGAAGUCAGGGCUUCCAGGCAAAAUAAAGGAACAUUAAUUACUCAAAAUUGCUUAAAGCUGGAAUUGUGCCUCUAAUGACAGCACUAAUUACUCAGUAUCUGACGACGUGAAAAGUUCCCUUUAAUUUGACUGAUCCUGGCUGUGGGUUGUAUAUCUUGUUGGCUCUCCACUGUCUCCACAGUUUUAAUUUGUUAUCAUCGUUGUAAAAUUACUGAGUCAAUGAAUCCUCUCUUCUCAUUCGGAAGGGAUAUAUUGUGGCUGUUUGGGCAUGUAAUUUAUUUCCUUAUUUCCUCCUACUGGAGAAUAGUUCUGCUGUGUUUUGGUUCACUUAAAGCAAGGUGACUCUUGUCUUAUCUCCCACCCCUUCAGGCAGUACAGAAAUGCACUUCAACUGGGGCUUGGUGGGCUUUGGUUGGUUGGGUUUGUUCUGCUUGUUUUGUUUUUGACUUUUGCUGCUGAGUCAGAGCAGAUAAAGCAAUACUGAAAGGGACUUCGGUUCCAAAGGCAGCACUCGGAAAGUUAGCAAACAUAAGAAUGGAAAAUCUUUAUAGAAUUUAAUUUUAGUUCAUCACUCAUAUGCAACAUGAUGGAUUGGUGCUGUGUUUGCCACUGUCUUGUAACUG